AUGGAUGACUGUCAUCCAGCUAGCACCCCCAUGAUGAUAGGUUGUAAGUUAUCUAAAACUGAUGAUUCUCCUGAUGUUAAUCAAUCAGAAUAUAGAUCAAUGAUUGGUAGCUUACUGUAUUUAACAGCCUCUAGGCCAGAUUUAAUGCAAUCCGUUUGCAUGGUGUCAAGAUUUCAAUCUGCCCCCAAACAGUCACAUUUGAUUGUGGUUAAACGAAUUUUCAAGUAUAUACAAGGCACACUUGAUUUUGGCCUACGGUAUCCUCGCAAUACUAAUUUUACAUUGAUGGCUUUUACUGAUGCGGAUUGGGCUGGUUGUUUAGAUGAUAGAGGUAGCACCAGUGGCGCUGUAUUUUACCUUGGUGAUCGUCUUAUUGCUUGGCACAGCAAAAAACAAGACUCAGUCUCCUUAUCAACUGCAGAGGCUGAAUAUAUUGCCGCCACUUCUUGCUACACUCAACUUUUGUGGAUGGCACAACAGUUACUUGAUAUGGGUAUCAAGGUUCCUAAGCCCAUUUCUAUUUUCUAUGACAAUACUAGUGCCAUCAAUUUGUCCAAGAACCCUGUACUGCACUCCAGGACCAAACAUAUUGCCAUUAAGUUUCACUUUCUACAAGAAAAAGUGCUUGCUAAUGAAGUUCAGCUUCUGCAUGUGCCUACACAAGCACAAGUAGCUGACAUUUUCACUAAAGCAUUGCCUAAGGAGCUGGUUAUAUCUGUGGUUACAGUUGGUUAUAUUGAUUCCUUUAUGUGGUUAUAG